AUGGAGUCUCUUACCACUCACCCGUCCACGGCGCAACAGGCCAAAGCCUUCACCUCUCCCGCGUCCUUGUCGUUUCCUGGUGGCGCUGGGGAUUUGACACCGCCCUCCUCUGAGAAAGAUGGACAAAACCUCAAUGGUGGCUCAUACGCAGAUGGGAAGAUCAACGGUCAGCAGGGAGGAAACGCCAUUCAGGCUCCACAAACUCCCGGCGCAACGCCUGGUGCUGGUGUGAGUGGUAUUGUGCCCACUUUGCAAAACAUCGUUGCUACGGUCAAUUUGGACUGCCGUCUUGACCUCAAGACUAUCGCACUCCAUGCUCGCAACGCCGAGUACAAUCCCAAGCGUUUUGCCGCUGUGAUCAUGCGUAUCCGUGACCCGAAAACCACGGCCUUGAUCUUCGCAUCUGGCAAGAUGGUCGUCACUGGCGCCAAGUCGGAAGAUGACUCGAAACUUGCGAGCCGCAAGUACGCUCGGAUCAUCCAGAAACUGGGCUUCAAUGCCAAGUUCACCGACUUCAAAAUCCAGAACAUUGUCGGUUCAUGCGACAUCAAGUUCCCCAUUCGACUAGAAGGUCUUGCCUCCAAGCAUCACCCCUUCAGCUCGUAUGAACCGGAAUUGUUCCCUGGUCUCAUCUACCGCAUGAUCAAGCCUAAGAUCGUCUUGUUGAUCUUCGUCAGCGGCAAGAUUGUGCUCACGGGGGCUAAGGUCCGUGAGGAGAUCUAUCAAGCCUUUGAACAAAUCUACCCUACACUAUCAGACUUCCGCAAAGUCUAG